AUGAGUUGUAUCAUGUCAGAAGAACCCAUCCCUAGUAGUCGGGAACAGUGUUAUCAAACAAGUGUCUGUUUAGUUUUGUUGGUCGGGAUCCCAGGUAGCGGAAAAUCACAUCUACGUAAAUUAUUAGAAAAAUAUUUCAAAAACACUUCAGAAAUAGCUCUGGGGUCUUUGAAGAUUGUUUCAGUGUCUUAUGAUGAGUUUGAUAAAGUCAGGAACCCAACUCAGUUCAGUGACAGUGUCAGCUGGAAAGAAGAGAGACUGGACAUUUUAAAAAUGAUUGAAAGUAUUGUUAGAAACCUACAAAAUAAUGCCCCUUUGGAAAACCUUGCAAGCUUAGACAAAUUGUUUAUCAUCAAUUCUGACAUAAAGAAUCCUGACACAGUAUUGUUCUUGAUAGACGAUAACAUGUACUAUCGUAGUAUGAGGUAUGAGUAUUACAAACUUGCAAAGAAUUGUGGUUUAAGUUUUUGUCAGAUCUUCUUUGAUGCAACAAAAGAAGAUGCAUUGAAAUACAACAAGCUACGCGAUUCUGGGUGCCAAGUUCCUGAUUCCAUAAUCGAGAAAAUGUAUGAAAAACUAGAACCACCUGAUAAAAAUAAUGCUUGGGAAGAGAACUUGAUAUCCCUUACUCCUUACAAAAAAUUUGAAGAAAAUGGAGAUUUAGAAAAUAUUUUGGUGAUGAUAAAAACUGUGAUAAUGUCUCCUGUGCAACCAAACACCACAAGUAUGUGCAGGGAAGAAUCUCUAAAGAUAAACAAUUCAAAUUCAAUUCAUCAAAUCGACAUAGCACUGAAACAACUUCUGGGUGAGUUUAUAAAAAGAAAGACCAAGGUAAAGACUGAUAACCUAAGUGUGAUAUCAAAAUGCUAUAGUGAACAACGACUUUUAAUUUUAAAAGAAAUCAAGUGUGGAAAAAUUGCUCUUCCAGUUGAUUUGAGUCAACCUGUUAGCUCACAGGAUAUUGAACUAAUUAAACCGUUGUUGUAUGAACUAUUGAAUUCUACACUUGAUUCUUGAUUGUUGUUUAUUUGGUUACAUGUUGCCUUUUCUUAAUGAUUUCUGUUACUUUACUUGUUAUAUUUUACCUUUUGUAAGUAUUAAAUGUUCAUUCAAAAUAUAAAAAUAUGUAAUGAUA